AUAUUGCUAAAUAAUUAUGAUUUAGAAUUGGGGACGGAUUGUCAUUGUACAUGUAUUCAACGUCUAUCCUAGAGGAAUUUCUAAGGAAUUAUGAUGUAUACUGACAAUGAUAAUAAUCGGUAUCAAGUUAAGUUCUGCUUUUAUUGGAACUUAAUUUCGAUAUUUACCGUUGUUUAUUCCAAAAGAUUGUGCGAAGGAGAAACAGGAAAGGUUUGCUGUGCAGGGUAUGUGUGGAAUAGUGACGUUAGAGAAUGCCAAGAAUGCCUUCCUGGAUAUUUUGGAAUCAAUUGUUCGCAGCAAUGUCGUUUUCCGAGCUACGGUGGUGAAUGUCAAAAUAUUUGUUCCUGUGAGCCAGCCUCGUGUCAUCAUGCAAUCGGUUGUAAGGAGAUGAACAAUAAAUCUAUUCCAAAAGUUCAAGAAAAAGACGAUAUUACACAAACGGAAAAAACAGAACAGGAAAAAGAAACGACUAACAUCGGCGCUAGUACUCAAUCUGUGCCUACUCAGGAGAACACGAAAAUACUGCUUCUAAGUAUCAUUGCCCUUAUAGCAAUUUUCGUUUUAAUAUUUUUCGUCUUUUGCACGUUCUACAUUUUUAAUAAAAUGUGCAAAAGAGAACAAAAGCCGAAAAACGUAUCUUUGUCAUACGGGUGUCUCAACAAAGAACAAUCCGGCGUGAAUAUCGAAAUGACAACGUACAGAUCUAGAGGUGCUGCGUUUGGAGUAGACAGAACGUCGACAUCCACAGUAGACGGAUACGAGGAUGAUCAUUACGAUAGACCAGAGGACAUUAUAGAUAACCAAGUAACUUAUGGAAACAUUCCAACCAAUCCUAACCAAAGUUAUCAUGUCAGUCCAUUGACUAACAACAUGUAUCUUUCACCAGUUACAAUCAAUUGAUAUAAUGGGAAGAACAUACCAUACACUUGAAUCCACAUAAGGCUGACUCGUAUAGCGUUAAUUACACUUUUAGUAAUCGUACUUAUACUCCAACUGCCCUUUCAAAAGAUGAAAUUCUUCAAAACCAUGCUUCAGCUUUAGACACAUUUAAAAUACCAGUCAAUGGGUCGAAUGAAUAUGAGUUAACGUACAUAUACUGGAUUCCUGAACUUCAUAAAAACCCUUACAAAGAUAUAUUGCUGGAUCCAGUAAGUGUUCUACGAAGCCCCUAUCUUUGCUCCUCACGAAAAUACGUGGGUGAAUCAAUGAGUUACCAGUCUAACUUAUUUGCAGUUGAGAUCCACCUCUUUUUUGUUGUUGAUAUAAUUGACCUCUAGUGUGAUGCACAUAGACCAACGGUGUUCAAGUGUCAUCAGUUCAGAACUAAAAAAGUCAGGGUCCUUUCCAUUGACCCACUCCUCAGCUGCCGCCACGACUUCUUCGUCAAUUCGGAAAUGACGUUCAUGGAUAUCCUUUUUCAAGUUUGAAAAUAGGAAGAAGUCGCUAGGAGCUAGGUCAAGCGAAUAGGCAGGUUGUCGCAAAAGAAAAUCAUCUUUUGACCUAAAACGCUUCAACAAGGCGCUACAUACUGAUGCUGUGGUUGCCAUUUGCUCAUCGUUAAGGGAUUUGGGGACCCAUCAGACUGUUAGCUUGCACAUACCUAAAGAUCAUGUAAGAUUGUUGAAAUGCUACUAUGUGAAAUGCCUAAUUCCUGCACUAUUUCUUCCACCUGAAUUCGCCUAUUAGAGUAUACUAGAUCCCGAACUUUCCUACACAUUUCUUCCUCAGUGGUAUCCAGUAGGCGUCCAGACGUUGCUUCCUCUUCUAAAGACGUUCUACCGCAUUUGAUUGCCCUUACCCAGAAUUUAAUCUUAACAUAUGAUGGUGCAGAAGACCCAUAAACAUCGGCUAGCUCGCCGUGUAUUUAUUUGCCUGUUUUACCUACAUUAAAUACAAGUACCGAAUUAUAGCAAGGCACUCAACUUUAGAUGAAAAACACGCCUUUGCAUCACUAGCCUUGUUUGACAUUCAAUAUGUUAUUAAAGAAUGACUUGAUACGCGUGCACCCAGGUAUAAAACAUGUACUGUGGAAUCAUCAUUGUUCGUGGGGGUUGAUGUUCGUGGAUUCGUGGGUCACUCUUACCCACGAAUUUACGUGUUCUUGAACAUUUUUUUAAACCAAGUGGAGUUAUCUCUCCUAGUGACAACGUAUCGCUUACCCACGAAAUAACAUCCCCACGGACCUGCACAAUUCUGCUUUCCUACGAACAUUGGCCCCCACGAAUUGAAAUGAUUCCACAGUAUUGAAACAAGUCAUGAAAAUUGUGACCGUCUCGGACAAUCGGAAAUGGGAUAGGCUGGUUACAUAUUGACUUGCCCUCGUAUUAACAGUUGUGAAAGAGAAACUUCAAACGUACUAUGUCACUACAUAUGCCAGAAGUGGUGUAAAUUGAAUGUGGAUUUUAUAACAAAUCUAAAGAACUUUUAGGAAAAUUGAAAUCGCAAAGCUUUUCUCAAAUCAACAAUAUCAAAAUGUAUGAUUUUUCAAAUCUUUAUUCGACCGUUCCUCACGAUAAAUUAAAGACUAUGGUUUUUGACAUCAUGGAUAGUUGCUUCUUCAACAAAAUUGGAAAACGGGAAUAUUCCUAUCUAGUGAUCAAUCAUCCAAACAAUUACUCCGUUAAACACCACUCCGAUUCCACGCACAAAUACUCUGAAAUUUAAAUUAAAAGUAUGCUGGAGUUCCCCAUUUAUCAUAUCUUCGUACUCUUUGGUGAUCAGAUCUUCCAAGAGUCUGUUGGAAUUCCCAUUUGUUCGAAUUGUGCUCCUUUGUUAGUUGACCUGGUUUUAUAUUCUUAUGAAGCAGGUUAUUUUGAAGAAAAAAAAUUCUACGUGAGAAGAAAAAAAUCUCUUGCUGUGACAUUCAAUAUGACAUUUAGAUAUAGCGACGACGUUUUAUCUGUUAACAAUAGCAAUCUUCAUUCAUAUGUUGAUGCGAAAUAUCCCUGUGAACUCGAAAUAAAAGACACCACAGAGUCGUCGAUGUCUGCACCGUACUUACGUAUUUUAUUGAAAAUAGAUAUGAACGGCAAACUAACAACUCAACAUUAUAAUAAACGGUAUUAUUUCAGCUUCUUCAUUUUCAACUUCCCAUAUUUAUGUAGCAACGUUCCAUUAUCUCCUGCACAUGGUGCUUAUAUAUUUCAACUGAUUCGAUACACAAGAGCUUGUUCUGCAUAUGAUCAGUUUUAAAAAAUCGAGACAGACUAAUAUUGAUUGAUUAAUGUUUUCCGCCACACUCAACAAUUUUUCAGUUAUAUGGUGGCGCCCAAUUUUUAAUAAAAAUAAGUUGAUGGUGCAGGAAUUUCAACAGCCUCCUGUAAAACCAGCAUUUUGCAAAUUCUGUUGUGGUUAUAACAAUCAAGUUUUGAAAGUCUGCAUAAUCAACUUGUUUGUCAGUAGCCUAUCUCGAUUUUAAAACUUAUCAUACGGAUAACAAGCUCUCAUAGCUCAUUCCACUUGAGGUUAUUUAAGUUUAUUAUUGCUACUUCGUACAUUGCGAAUCAGCUCUUUACACGAAUAGGACAUGUCCUAUUUCGUUCCUCUGUUAGCAUUGAUUGGCAAGCUUAAAAACCAAAAAGAUGAAGUCUGCGGUGUAAAUACGUUUAUAGAUUUAGUGUAGAUUUUAGUACUAGGUGUAUUUACAUAUAUUUUUCGUUGGUUUUGUAUUAUUCUAUGUUAAUAUUGACCACAUUAUGUCAUUCUUUUCGCUUGUCCCGAAGGAGCGCAAAUUUGAGAUCUCGUUUGGCUCAUGUCGUUGGUCAUUUUAGUGUUUUGUAUAAUUUUUGUAUUUGACCUUGUAUUUACAUUGCGGAUCCGAUACUUAUAGGUAUCGGGUGUUGUUGGAACUUAUACAUAUAAGCGUGGGUUUAACCACAGUAAUAUCAGGUUUCAUCGGAUUGCAAAAGUUAUAGAAAUGCAUAUAAAGAGAUGUACUUAAGCUGUCAAGUAACAAUUCACGAACUAUGCAUAAAUGCAUGACUAAGCAUGGCGACAUACUCGUCGACAUACAUACAAUGGCUGUUAUAAUCAUUAAAUAUGCAAAUACUAUAUGUUUUCCGAAGAAUCUCAAGUAUCAUAUUUGAAAAUGGGCUUCAUGGAGCAUGACAUAUUUCCACGGGUUUGUAAAGAAGAAUCUUACGUUUUCAUUCACUCUAUUUCAGGAGCACAAAUGCUCAUGAUAUUUGACAUCACGUCACGACAAGAAGUGAAUGCCAUUUUAUGACAGUUGAAAUGCGUAAAAGUGAAGGACGUGUUUUUAAAGAGUGGAAAUAACAUUGAUUGAUUGAUUACUUAAUUAUUGUUUAACGUCCCUCUCGAGAAUAUUUCACUCAUAUGGAGACGUCGCCACUGCCGGUGAAGGGCUGCAAAAUUUAGGCCUAUGCUCAGUGCUUAUGGCCAUUGAGCAUGAAGGGAUCUUUACCGUGCCACAGCUGCUGUGACACGGGACCUCGGUUUUUACGGUCUCAUCCGAAGGACCGCCCCAUUUAGUCGCCUCUUACGACAAGCAAGGGGGUACUGAGGACCUAUUGUAACCCGGAUCCCCACGGGACGAAAUAACAUUGAAAAAAAAUUGUUCCAUGAAGUCGCAAUCUGCCGUGUAAAAGUUAUUGUAUCCCCUUUUUUUAUUUUGCAAUAAAUAUGCAAGAUUUUUACUGCAAGUCAUGAAGUGCUGAAAUCUAAAUAAAA